CACGCCUGCAGUGUUAAGAAUGACGAUCGGUAUUAGCUUUUGGUGCAGUGUUGUAAUUAGUUUGCAAGGUAUUCAACUUACAGGUUGUUUAAGAAUCAAAUUGUUUAUGUUAUUUUGACAGGGGAGGCUAAAAUGAAACGAAACGAUGCUUUAUUUUCCAUUUGCAGCUAUACAAGUACAUUUGCUUGGGAAUAUUUUUUUUCGCAUAUCCUAUUAUAAUCUCCUUUAAGACAGACAGACGCAUACAGCAUAUACAAUUGAAAUAGAUGCCGUUCACUCGUAGUAUGUUUUCCAUACAAUUGUCUUAAUUAAUUGAGAUUUGUGUGACUCCGUCGUCACUCCCGUGUUGUUGAGCAGAUGGUCGAAAAAAGUUCUACAUAAUCAGAAAAGAGUUUUCUGCCGACAUUGGGGAAUUGUGGGUAAUCAUUUUAAUGUUUUUUAAACGGGAAAAUAUGUAUUAACACUUUUUCUUCAAAUAGGAAGUGAAUUAACUUUCACGGUGAUUUUCAUCUGGACGCCUUUAUCAUGCUUGUCCUGAAGUAUCUAAUUUAGUACUAUAUCAAUUACAAUUCAAGAAAACACGAAUUGUAAUUUCAUUAACAAUUACAGGUGCACAGUUACAGUUAACUUCAUUCUGAUGAUUGCCUUGUAAAACAAACAACGUAGCUUAACUACGAAAGCGAAAGUAUCCAAAUGUCGAAACUAUUUAGUACUAAUACUAUUUACCACAUAGAAUAACAUUAAUUUUGUACAUGAAUCACUUACUAUUCAUUUUUAAUGAACAGUUAUUCAAAUAUGUCGUGGUAAAUGUGAUUAAUUCUGAUUUGUUGUAGUGAUUCACUGCGUAGCAAAAAACACACACACCCACAAACAUUCCCAUAAAGACCACCAUUGUGUGAAUGAGUGACAUGUGUUUUGUCGUUUAAAAACAAAUUAGAAAGAAAUUUCGAUUUCUAUUCUAUUCACCGCAAGAAUCAUACGGUUUAACCACAACAUAGAAAGUAUUACGCUUUAUAAAGCCGAGAGGUAAGUCAAUCCUGCAGAUAAAGAGCAAGCCUGUUACAUUUAGAUUAAGCGCAGUAUUCACUGAAAACGAAGAUGAGUAUGAUGACAUUAAUCCGCGUCUGUAUCAUUCUGUCGUUCUUCGACUGCAGCACAAGCAUGUCAUGCAUGCGGACGAGAAACGUACUGGGGAUACGGAAUGAGGAGACCAAGAAGUUACUGGAAAGCAUGGGCGGAAGAUUUCCGUCUGAGUGCAUUAACGAGAAUCCCGGACAGAUGUUGGAUGACACCGUGUACCAUUUUGAUGAAACACCGAAUGAGAGCACUCGCUUGUCCAUGGCUUACGAGGCUCUGAAGAGCGUGCAAAACAUUUUUAAGAAGGACCUGUCUUCUACGACUUGGGACCUUCAUCAGCUUAAUCUCUUUCAAAAUAUGAUAGAUCGGACAGUAGAAAGAUUACAAUUUUGCGUUGGAGAACAAUUGUCCGGUUCUUCUGAAACCAAGUAUGCCAACCUGAAGUUAUAUUUUGAAAAGCUGAACGGUAUUCUGGAAGAUAAGGGACACAGCCGCUGCGCGUGGGAAAUUGUGCGGAUGGAGGUGCUACGUAAUCUAGAAUAUCUGAGCAAGUUCUUCGGCAGCAGUCAGCGAUAGGGGGAACUCUUCGCUCUACAACAGAUCAUGACCGAUGGAUACUUCAGAGUGCAUAGAAUGUGACGCCAAAUAUACAGCAUACUAAGUUUUAAAUGAUGUGCCUAUUUAUUUAUUUAUCUAUCUAUUUAUUUAUUUAUUUAUUUGCAUUUUAAUUUUUUUGCUAUACAAGAGAUAAAUCACUAUCAAUAGAAUACUUCAAAGUCUGUGCAAAAUAUGAACCCAACUAGGAGAUAUUUUUUAAUUAAAUUAUAUGCAUAUUUAUA